UUACUGUUGGUCACAUGACCCCUUCUUUAUGCUUUCGAGAAAGAAGACCAGUAACGCUUCCAUUUGGCGGUUCUACGUUAGCGUUGGUUUUUGACUCCAUACUGCAUCUAACAAAAUGGCCGGUGGAAAAGCUGGAAAGGACUCGGGAAAAGCAAAAGCGAAAGCAGUUUCAAGAUCUGCCAGAGCUGGUCUACAGUUUCCUGUGGGCAGAAUUCACCGACACUUGAAAAACAGGACCACCAGCCAUGGUCGCGUCGGUGCCACUGCUGCGGUGUACAGUGCUGCCAUCCUUGAAUACCUCACAGCUGAGGUGUUGGAGUUGGCUGGAAACGCUUCAAAAGAUUUGAAAGUAAAGAGAAUCACCCCAAGACAUUUACAGUUGGCUAUCAGAGGAGAUGAAGAGCUCGACAGCCUCAUCAAAGCCACCAUCGCUGGCGGAGGUGUUAUUCCACAUAUCCACAAGUCCCUGAUUGGAAAGAAGGGUUCUCAGAAGCCUGCGUAAAGUUGUGCUAAGUGAUCUCAAACAGUGUGGAUAAAACUUUUGUGUUUGUGUGAAGGACAAUGUCACACUAUUUAAACCCCUCGAUUGUUUGAGGGACUUGUUUUUUUUUCAUUAAUUUAAUGUGUCAUUUCAUUAAACUUUUUCAUGAACUUUUUUAGAUCUCAAGUGUAAGGCACUUGGAGCAUGAAUUUUUAUAUGGUUUCUAUGAUAAAGAGUGAGUUCUUUGCGCUCUAAUAGUGAAGAGUUCAACUACGUGGUUUCAAGUUAGAAUUUUAAUGCACAUUUAUACACACUACUUAAUUCCUUAUUUGUUCAAUAGCAAAUUUCCAUGUUCAUUGUGUAAAUAAAAUUCUUUCAUAUUUUUAGGUUCUUUUUUAACGUCUCUUUGUUUCUAAUUGAUUUUGUGCUUUUCGCUCCGUAAAUUUUUAAGACUAAAGUGAAAAAUUGUGAACUGCCUUUCAGUAUAUGUUAGUUUUAAUUACUAGAUUAAGAGAUUUGUGGUUAAAACAAUAGUUGUUGUAGUUUUAAAGAGAAACAAAGAAUUUCAUAACAAUAAAACGUUUAACUAAA